AUGGCACCCUUUACACCACUGACUGCCUCAUGUGCGCGUACAAUCGCUGCCUAUAGUGUUCACAGCCUUGAGUGCCUUGAGAGUGAGAUCACCAAGGUUGAGCAUCGCCUGGAUUUGAUCAACUAUUGGAAAAUUGAGCCUGGAAGCAGAGUCCUAGAGAUCGGCUGCGGGGCCGGUACCUGUACUUCUGUAUUGGCGGUAGCCGUGGGCCCUGACGGGCAUGUUGAUGGCGUGGAUCCCGGAUCCCCAGACUACGGUGCCCCAAUUACACUGGCUCAAGGGCAAACUUACAUCUCCAACAGUGUUGUUGGUGAUCGAAUUACUUGGCGCAAUGCUGAGCCAACGGAAUUCUUGAAGAAAAACAAAGACCUGAAUUGGGACUACGUUGUUAUGGCAGAAUGCAUCUGGUACUACUCUUAUCCCAACGACUUAGUUAAAAUGCUACAAGCUCUGAGAGAACGAGUUACUUCAUUCCUUGUGGCUGAGUGGGCACUCAAGGCCACUGAACCUUUGGCAGUGCCGCACCUACUGGCUGCAAUUACUCGCGCGUCACUUGAGGCUCACAAUCCGAACAGCUACCACAACAUCCGGUGCAUGCUCACUCCAACAAACAUAAAAGAUAUUGCCACCGCUACCGGGUGGAGCUUCAAAGAAGAGACUACCAUUGUGCCCAAUGAAAGGCAUUUGGAUGGCUAUAUGGAAGUCCAGAUGAUUAAGAUGAAGGAAUUCGAUGAAGAUGUAGAUAGUCUUAUUAAGGAGGACAGACUUAAUAUUAUGCUAAAGGCAUCGAAAGAAGCAAUGGCGUACGCGCUUGAGGCAUCUGGUGUAGUCAGAGCCCGCAGCAUGGAUGCCUGGCUUGCUCGAUUUAACUAG